CAGUAAAGAUUCUGUUUUUCACCUAUCUAGUUACUAAUUCCAAGCAGAAACCUUUUUCAGAAGAAAGAAGAAGCAAGAUAUUUGGCGAGUUUCAGCAGUGCCUUGCCUAUACAUACAAAAGGAGAAGAUAAUGUGUCAGGAAAUAAGACAUAUACAUUGACAACUAGAAUAACUGCUAGGAAUGGGAGGUUGCUGUUGCUCUUCAAGGAAGCCGCCCCAUCUUCAUGGAACACAAAUCUUUUACUAUUUCCCACCAGCUUCUGAAGAGUAUGAGUCCUUGACAUCUGAUGAUAGCGCUGCUACUGCACUUGCCUCUGGCUUCCUGGAUGAUUUGAACCUAGAUAGAUCAACACCUGACACUUACCGUGCUCCUCCUGCACCAAUUCCGUUUGAAGUAGUUUUGGGGCAUCCGCAGUCCAGGGGUUCCGAGUUCACAGAAGAACCAUUACUUCACAAUAGCUAUGAGAGUACUUGUAAAGAUAUUAAGCAAUCUGAUUGCAAAACUGAAACAGAAUUUCUUCUUGCCUCCCUAAAGAAAACAGGGAUUGGCCCUGUAAAAUCAAAUCCACCUAUUAUUCAAUCAGCUGACGAAGAGGAUGUUUGUCCCACAUGUCUUGAAGAAUAUGAUGCUGGCAAUCCAAGAAUAGUUGCAAGGUGUAACCACCAUUUUCAUCUUUCAUGCAUUCUGGAGUGGAUGGAAAGAAGUCAAACAUGCCCAAUAUGCAAUCAGGAUAUGGUAUAUGAAGACCUAUGAAACUUUUCUAACCGAAAGUCCCUUAGCUGAUCGUUGUCAAUACCUGCCUGCACAAGCAACACAAACACAUGGCUGUUAUUUUUCACUUGGAGGCUUGGCCUGUGUUCAACUUGUUCACUCAUAAAAUGUAAUAUCUCAAUGUAUAUGAAAAUUAUGUUAGUAAAUCCUACCGUUGAUGAAUAUCAAUUGAUGACGCGAGUUGCAUGUAUGCUGAAGGGAGCUAAUUGCAGCCAAAGAACAAGAAGAAGCUUUUAGUUUUGCGUUUGAUGUCUGGAAGAUUAAAUUCUGAAACACAUGUUUUUAGUCAUGCUUCUGAGUUCUAAAGUGUUGUACAUGUAUGACUAUUUCUUCUGUAAUUUUAUGUUCAAUUGCUGUACAGAUUCUUCUGUCAAAUAUAAUGGCAAUGACAUAUUCCUCCA